CCUUCCUCUAAUUAGCAGCCCGAGCGGGCGAAGAAACUCAGUGGAGCGUACUUUGCAAGGCGUGAAGGCACCCGGAGGCCUCGCCUGCGUGACACCUUGUGCACACUUGGGAAGAAGACGAAGAAGAAGACGAAGAAGUUCGGGUAAUGCUUGCGGCGCGCCGUCGUGCUCCUAAUUGAGCAAAAACAUUGUGUUGUAGAAUCAGUAGAAUAAGUAACAGCGGGGAGUCCAGUCUUUCCUGACGUCUCAGUUGAGGGUCCUCGGCUGUUGUCGUGCACACAAGAGAGGACUUGAACGUCUGCAGCCACGAUGAUGUCCUACAUAAAGCAACCUCAUUACACAAUGAACGGCUUAAAUCUGUCCGGCCCAGGCAUGGAUGUGCUGCACACCACCGUCGCUUAUCCGUCCACACCCAGGAAGCAGCGAAGGGAGCGGACUACCUUCACCAGAACACAACUGGACAUCCUGGAGGCACUGUUCUCCAAGACCCGCUACCCGGACAUCUUCAUGAGGGAGGAAGUGGCCCUCAAGAUCAACUUGCCCGAGUCACGUGUGCAGGUCUGGUUCAAGAACCGGCGUGCCAAGUGCCGUCAGCAGCAGCAGCAGAGCAGUGGCCAGUCCAAACCCCGCCCCCCCAAGAAGAAGGCCUCACCUGUGCAGGAGCCUAGCGCUCCCGAUCCCGUUCCCAACCCGACUGGCUCAUUUAGCCCCUCCCCGAUCCAGGCAGGCCCCGGUUUGGCCCAGAGUUCCAGCGCUGGAAACACCGCUGUGUCCAUCUGGAGCCCGGCCAUCUCGCCCCUCCCUGACCCCUUGGCCUCCUCCACAGCCCCUUGCAUGCAGAGGCCCUCACCUUACCCCAUGAGCUACGGUCAGCCGUCAGCCUACAGCCAGGGCUACGCCAGCACCACCUCUUACUUCACCGGUCUGGACUGCAGCGCCUACCUGUCCCCUAUGCACUCGCAGCUGUCGGGCACCGGGGGCGCUCUCAGCCCCAUCACCGUGCCCUCCAUGGGGGGCUCCCUAAGCCAGUCGCCGGCCUCGCUGUCUUCACAGGGCUACAGCACUGCCUCCUCCUUGGGCUUCACCUCUGUUGACUGCCUGGACUACAAGGACCAGCAGGCCUGGAAACUGGGCUUCACCACAAUGGACUGCCUGGACCAUAAGGACCAAAACUCCUGGAAGUUCCAGGUCCUCUAGAAAAGCGACGCUAGCUGGCGUUUUGUGUAUUGUUAGUGCGAGGCGUGCUGCUUCCUCGUUUGUAUGAGUUUGAUGUUAUUUACUCGUAGUGAAGAUAUUCACCUGAAUACAUUUGGACUACAAGCACGCUCAGAAGCCUUUCAGGAGUUUGUAGGAAAAGACUGGAGUCCUGCACAUGGAGACACCUCUAUGUUACACGACAGCGAUUUUGAUUUAUUUUGACUUAUUUAUUUCGUUUGAUGUCAUUUGCUCACAUCUAGAUAUUCUUGAGCGUUUGUGUUCAGUACUAUACAGUGUUAGCAGUUAGUGGACGACGCUUAGGACCUUCUGUUGUAGCUCAGUGUCAUUAAAGCCGUUUAUUCUCUACACUUCUGUGCACUGAUAAUCACUGGAAGUUUGAAGUCUGUACACUUGGAGCUGUUCUGUUAGUGGAGGGGUGUCCAAAGUGCGGCAUAUUCUAAAAAGUCAUGAUUAAUGAGAUAUUAUUAGAUACAGUGGAACCCGUUUGUCGACAGUCAAGUCCCCGGUCCUUCUUGUUAUUGCUAAAAAGUGCCCGUUUAGGUGACGUCGACAUACAUGGUCGUCAGAAAAUCUGAGAUCCAAAGGGGUCGCUUCUGUGAAAAAUGGGUUCGUUUAUGACGACCUGUGCUGUCGUACGCCAUCUUCAUCAUCAUUGCUAAGCAGCUUGAAAUAAAGUGGAUUUGUGCGAAAUCACAGUUUAUUUUUAUUUUCGGCUAUGUCGACCACCGCUUAUGUCGAUGAGAGUCAGCCAGUACGUGGGACGUCGACUAAAACGGGUUCCACUGUGUAACACUAAUUUGCUUUGUCACCUGCAGCGCGGAGCUAAAAUGUGGAUGUUUUCUUCCAAUAGCUUAGUUUUGACCUACAUUGGAUCGCGUUUAGCAUCGAUGUAUCCAAGUGGCGUCAAGUUUGUAUGCUGCGAGACGGAAGCACUUCCAGACAGAGGUCCGUUGUAGAGGUGGACCGUCAUAUGGCCUGGCAUGGCGGCCUUCACUUGGUCCAUCUUGGUUAUUUUAGUUGAUCUCAUUCUGGGAGUGUCCCAAUCCUCUUAGCCUCCCUUCAGCAAUGCCCUAAGUGAAUUAGUUGGGAUUAUUGCCCUGUCCUCCUCUCUUUCUGUCUCUCACCAAUCUCUGUCACCUCCUCUCCUUCCUCUCCUGGCUGUUUUGUGCCUCCCUCCUUCUCGUCUAUCUUUGUCUUUGCUCAUUCUGUCCCCGUUUAUAUGUCCUCUCUUCCGUUUGCGCGCCUCCUAUGUUAGUUUAGUCGUGCAUCCAUUUAAAAAAAAACAACAAAAAAACAAGUGAUUCGGACAUGCCCGCAUACCAAUCCCGGUGGUUCCUCUACUUUCAGCCCUUUACGACAAUCCCACGCUGCUCUUCGGAAAAUGUGGUAAUCCCAAUGUGACCCGAUUACUGCCACGCAAACCUCAAAACUUACACAGGAACAUUUGAGACAAGCGUGUGCAAAUGCAUCCCGACCCUACAGUUGUCGUUACCUGUACAUGUUUGUUUUGAAAUCUUAUACAUCAUAUUAGUCAUUUGGAGGCAUUGUCGUUGAGUGGUUGUUACUGCAUAAAUGGAGUCGCUCCAAAGAGAUGCUGGAUGUAAUUGUGUUAUGUAAAGAAUAAAAGUAAAUUCUAUUUGUUGCUUUGUA